CAGAGCGUCGGUAGUGUGAUAAUACUCGGUGAUGGAUACGGAGAUGGAUAUGGAGUUGGAUAGAAUCGGAGUUGAUAGCGACAGAAACUCCGAAGUGAUUGGGGACACAAGUGAGGGGGAUGUUCGUGAGCCAUCUAUUACUUUCGAGGUGAAAAAACGUAAAUUUGUGUAUGAUGUUCUCGAUAACCCUCCAAUACACCUCACUUUCUUCUUCGGACUCCAGCAAGCGUUACUGUCCCUGUCCCUGAACUUGACGACCACCCUGCUGGUAGCGGAUGCCGUCUGUGGUUUUGGGGACGAACUCCUGAAGGCAGAACUCCUUAGCACUACAUUAUUUACCUCCGGGAUCAGCACGUUACUCAUGGUAACGGUUGGCGUAAGGCUCCCUGUAUACCAGGGUCCAGCAAUGGCAUUCGUCACUCCUUUGGUUGCUCUGAAGACUCUGGAUAAUUGGCAAUGUCCAAACUCGAAUGAUAUCGUUAACGCCACAAUUGUUGACGACUUCAACCAGACAUCUAUAAGUAUGUCACCGUCCAUUGAUUCGAGAGAAGAAAUCAAAUUUAGACUGCAAAUGAUGGAAGGCAGUUUGAUGGUAGCAGGAGUACUACAGACAAUGUUAGGGGCGACCGGUCUGGUUGGUCGACUCCUCCGCUUCAUCGGACCAAUCACAGUCGUCCCCGUCCUCUUCCUGAUCGGAAUCAGUAUCUACAAAAUCGCCGUCAAGUUCUGUAACGCACACUGGGGCGUGGCUUUCCUAACGUUUGCUGUGGCAAUGGUGUUGUCUCUUUACUUGGAAGGGCGCCAGACACCAAUACCGUUCUGGAGCAAGGAGCGAGGUUUUCAUGUCAUCUACUACCCCCUCCAUACAGUGUUCUCAUUACUUAUUGCCAUCAUCGUGGGCUGGGUGGUCAGUAUCAUACUGACCUCUACGGGUUCUCUCUCAGAUGACCCCAAAAGUGCUCAGUACUUUGCCAGAACAGAUUCCAGGGUCAAGGUCAUUGAAGAGGCCAGCUGGUUUUACUUUCCCUAUCCAGGACAAUUUGGACCACCUAAAUUUGACGUAGAUGUCUUCGUCACAUUUUUCAUCGCCACCCUUAUAUCAGUUAUCGAUUCGGUAGGAGACUACUACGCAGUCGCGAGAAUAUGCGAUGCACCGCCCCCACCGACGCACGCAGUCAAUAGGGGGAUAUUUACGGAGGGGAUCAUGAGUACAGUGGCGGGAGCCCUAGGUGCUGGUCAUGCAACUACAACAUACGGCCCAAAUAUCGGAGCUAUUGGUUUUACAAGGGUGGCCAGUCUGCGUGUAUUCGUUGCCUGUGGACUCGCCUACAUCAUUUUUGGAGUGGUUGGGAAAAUUGGCGCCUUUUUCAUCACGAUGCCCUACUCUGUUUUGGGUGGUGUCUCUAUGGUUAGCUUUGGCAUGUUCAUCGGCUUCAACUUCGCUAACCUAAUACCAGUGCAUCUCAACGCACGCAACAUGGCCAUCCUGGGCAUUUCCAUGUUCUUCGGAAUCAUGAUGCCUCAUUGGUCCAAGUCUCACUCAAUUAAUACAGGAAUUUUCGAUCUGGACAGGCUCCUCAACGCCUUUAUAAGUAACACAAUGUUCAUGGGAGGCUUCAUAGCGUGUACCCUUGACAACACAGUACCCGGUACAUUAGAGGAACGAGGAUUGAAAGCCUGGAUAGACGAGACGAUAGGGAAGAGUACAACACAACAGAAAGCCCACUUGUACGAUGUCCCGUACAUACAGGAGAGACUCGGCCGUUAUAAGUGGGCGAAAUAUAUACCAUUUAUGUCUGGAUACGGGAAACAGUUAUAAACCAUCGUAUCGAACAUUUUAUUUCAGCAUUAUGCUAUUUUCCUGACCAAAAAAAAAAAAAAAAGGAUAUUCGCGAUGAUCUCUCCAAUUAAUUAACAUUUCACACAUCAACAAUCAUGAGCAGAUCAAUGUUUGAAGUUUAAAUGUGAAUUAACGUAAGCAAGUCUGUGUGUAUUUGUGAUUCACUUUUCAUUUUAACAAACGCCAAUAAAUAUGUCUUCCUGUAUGAUAGAAUUGUUCCAGUUUGUGUGGAAUAUCCUUUAAAUCAUCAAGAAAAGGUCUUGGUUACGUGUUCAGAGUAAUCUGUUCGACGAAGUCAUCCUUAAGUGAAAAGCGCCGGCCAAGAAACGGUCACACUUUGUUCCCAUAGUUAUGUAAACAGUCUUUUAGAAUAUGUUAACAAACUCAAUAAAACAUUUCCAAUCAGAAAUUUAA